AUGUCGUCUGCUCUGUACCAGAUCGCCGAGCUCACCGGUGCUAACUACCAGCACUGGGCCUCCGACAUGCAGAACUAUCUCAUGGCGCAUUCGCACUGGACUGCGAUCGUCAAUCCUCGUCCUACUCUUUCUGCGACCCCGAGCGCUCAGCAGCUCAGCGACGAGAAGGCCUGGGUCGACCACGACAUGCAGGCUAUGGGCUGCAUUAAUUUGCGCCUCUCUAUGUCUAUUCGCUCCAAUACCUCGGACCUCACGACCGCCGCCGCCAUCUGGCAAAGGCUGAAGAAGGACUACGGUUCUCUCGCUCUAGGCAACGUCUACCACGAGUUCUCUGCUCUGCUGGCGACGAACAUUCCUGGCAACUCGCACCCCGCUCCCGCGCUCAACAAGAUGCAAGCGCACUGGGACCGCCUCAAGGAGGUCAAGGUCGUUUCGACCUCCGCCCUCGCUACGGCUCGAUCCCAUACCGCUACUGCCAGCAUCUCCGCCGCGGGUUCUACCGCGAUUCCUGCCACUGAGCCGCUCCCUGAGUGGCUCCUCGCUAUGUUCAUCAUCGCCAAGCUCCCACCGCAGAUGUCGUUCAUCAGCCAUCUGCAGCAGCAGAAGCAGCCCGCCGAACUCGACGUCGACGACAUUCGUCGUCAAGUCAUCCUCGCCUAUGACCAGAGGCAGCUCCACGCCUCGUCAAGCAAGAAGCCGAACGACACCGCCAACAAGCUUAGCGCUGUCAAGCGCAAGCAAGGCGACCAGUCUUUCUCCCAGCAGCAGCGCCCUAACGGGCAGCAGCAGCAGAAGCAGCAGUCCUCGCAGUCGCAGCAGCGCCCUCAGGGGCAGCAGCAGCACUCGGACAAGCGCCGUCGCGGUCGCUCUGGCCGUGGCAAGGGCAAGGACAAAGGCAAGGGAAAGGCGUACGUCGCCGACUGCGACCACAAUGUCACUAUGGCAUCUGUGGCAGUCGCCGCUGACGAACCUAAGCCGGCUUCACGCCGUGCUCCCUCACCGUACGUCGCCGAUCGUCGCAUGUUCAAACCGGUUGUGAAGGUGACUGAACCCUCCACCAUUUACCCUAGUGUGAAUGGCGCGCUGAAGCUUGCUCGCGACUUAGGGAUCAGGCCCACGCCCGAGCAACUGCGGGUCCUCGAAGCCACCGUUGAACAACGUCGCAUCCAGACCCUCAACGAGGAGCGCGACGCCCUCCGUGCCGCCACGCUCAAACACUUACUCGAGUGCCCUGAAGAGGACACCUUCGAAAACCAUCUCGAGCGUAAGCGCCGGAUCGAGGCCGUCAACAGGCUCAAAGGGACGUGGCACUACGCCUACUGCGAAGCCGAACCCCCAUGCCGGACGCAGGCAGACCACAAUUUCUGUCCUGCCAUUGAACCAUUCUGCACAGCGGAGACGCCCUGUCGCACCUUUGCCGAGCACAAGAAGUGUCCGGCCCUCGGUCUCUCCUCCGUCCCAGCGACAACGAGACCAGCAGGCGCGACGGGAGCAAGCCGAAGCCCCUCACCCGGUACCAGCUCGGAUUCUUCGCUUCGAGGAGUUCCCCCCACUCCGCCAUUCCGCGGAACGAGCGACUCGAGCGAUGAGGAAUGCGGAACAGUCAGCGCGGAUUGGAGCCUGGCAAACGGCUCGCCGACCUUCGACUCCGACGAGGAGGCCCUCCGCGCCUUCAAGCGCGUCCGCCUCUCUCCCUCCUCUAACAAAGGAUCAUCUGACUCCUCUUGGACGUCCAGCCGGCCCAACCUUAUGGACCGGAUUUCGCCGCGCCCCACCGGCACCUCGUCAACGCCGCUCGCCGAGCGAAUCUCCUCGCGAGCGCCGACGCCCGAAUACGUCCCUCCCGACGCCUCCGACGACGAAUGCGACGACUUCGUCAGCAUUGGGUCGCGGAAUGAAUCACCUCUGGGAGAUGAUCCAGGACAUGCUGGACCGUCCCGAUGGUCAGGCAUGAUUGUCGAUGACGAUGAGGAUGUUGGCCGCAUGUAA